CGUUGGAACGUACUUGACAUAGCGUUAUCGUCGUGUUGACAACUGAUUUCUCACUGCACACUGACAACAUGACUGAUGAGUAUUGAGAUUGGUUUCUGUUCUGCAUAUGAAUUAUGAUCAAGUCUCAUAGAUUUCUAGCUCCUGCUCGAGCGAUCUAGGUUUAAACUGUUGCAGCGUUAGUGAACAUGGCGGACCCGCUAGGGAGUGAUGAAGAUCUUCUGCCCAGCAUACGACAGUUGAUCAGCAGCAUCAAGCUUACACUGAGAGCUGCAGGAUCACAGACUACGGCACUGGAAAUGGUCACACACUUGGAGGAAACUGACGACAACUUUCACAGGUAUGAGCUUGUGAAGUACAUUCGUGGUCGGAUAGAGGAGGUACUGGGACCGUUGAUUGAGGAGGAGAUUGAACGCCGAUCUCUGGAUGUGCAGAGUAAGGGAGGCGAAGAAGUUAUGGUUAGAAUGAUCACAGACCAUGUCAUCAAUGACCAGGCCUCUCUGGAUCUGAUGAACUCCCUGAAACAUUGCACCAAGGAUGCCGUGGAUAGACUGAUCCGUCUAUUUGAUGAGGAAUACCGACCCGUCCAGAACAGCAUGUUUGGCAACAUCCCCGGCAUGUAUGGCCAAGGAGGAGGGAUGCCUAGCCCGAAGAGGAACAGCUUCUGCUUCAGUGAUGACAGCUCCUCAUUGGAUUCCUCAUUCAAUCAGGGAUCCUACACCUUUAUGAAUCAGGAACAUUUUGCCACUAUCGCUGACAACUUGGCCCCCGACAAACCUCUGGAAAUGAGACGUGAGACUCUGCAUGGUUUAUGCAAGCUGCCGCCAUCAGACAUCCUAGCCUGUGAGCAUUGGGAUAGCCUGCGCUCGGUCCUGCUGAUAGCUCUGUCUGAUUCAGAUGAUAUCUUAGCUGAAACAAGUCUGCACUUUCAUGCCAGAAUGUUUUCCUCCAACUCUCACCAUGUAAUGAGAGAGGUCUACACUGGCCUGGUUGAGCAUCUGACGGAAAUGUUUACCGACCACAGCGCCAAGAUAUCUCCAUUGCGGGACGGAGUAGACAUGGCACAUCAUGCAACUAGUGUUCUGCUCAGAAAGUUUCGUUUGAUGAAUGAAUUCAAUUUGGAGAUUCCAACGUACUGGGUGAGAUUUCCAGACAGAUUUUUAGACGAUGUGACGGAGUCCACCAUGAAUCUCCUUGUGACUGAACCCCAGGGAUUACGGAGCUCCUCAGCUCAACCGCUCAUUACCCCGCUCCAUUGCAUGGCCAUUGUAGACCCAAGGGCCAGCUGGUUCCGAAAGUGGAUGCAUGGUAACUAUGGCCGUACAUCUGUUAUCAGACAACUAGAAAGAAAUCGCAGCCUUGUGGAGAAAUGUGUUCAGCAGUGCAUGGACUAUGUUUCCUCAGAUGACAAAUCCUGUGACGUUAGCAGAGUCACAGAUAUGUUGGAUAAGCACUCAUUGGGAUCAUCUCACCGUACCCGAUACACAGAGAGUGAAGUGGACUACCUGUACUUUUAUCACUCCAUCAGUCUGCUUGGCUGUGUACUCAUGUACAAUGACGGAUACAAGCUGUUUCCUAUCAAUGUCAGAGAUGGUGACGUCAGUGUGACAGAACUCUUGGUGUCCUUUGUUCACAUCCUCACUGAGCGAGACGAGCCGUCGCUGAAAUCACCAGAACAAAAUGGCUUUGAUCUGGCUUCUCUGGUGACUGAAAUCUUGAAGUUUUUAUGCUUCACCAAGUCCAGCUGUUCUCUGUGCCUGUGCAAGGAUGCCAUAGUAUCUGAGCUACUUAGACCCGUCCAUAUGUGGCUGAUGCGCAACAAGGCAUGCAGUGAUUCUCGGAUGUUACACAUCGCCGACGUCCUCUCCACCAUGGCAUCCUGGGAAGUCGGACGGAAACUUCUCCUAUACGGAGAGAAAGGCAGCUGGGUCAAAGAAAACAGUUCUGCACCGAUUCACGCUAUCGCAGAGUACACCAAGCAAGCUCUAGACGGCAAGUUAUCGUCUAGUCUCUGCAUGCAGCCGUCACGUAGCGUUGCGGGGGCCUUCCUAUACGUCUGCAGGCAGCUAUACAGCACCUGCGAUGGUCUGCUUGUUCUUCAUCGUUAUGGAUUGCAUCAACAAAUCCUCAACUGUUGGAGACAGGUCUGUCGAGAGCUGGAGUUGGCAGGGACACCCACCCCCAGUGAUGCCGGGAUAGGAUAUGACGAUGAUAACGAUGAUGAGACAGGUGGAUCUGGGAAGCAGACAAGCAGUAAGACCCAAGAGGCUGAUGUUAUGCAAGCCUGGGAACGAACUCUCAUUGAUAACCUACUCAACUUUGCCAGCACUCCCAAGGGCCUUCAUUUACUACAGCAGACCGGGGCUAUCAAUGAAUGCAUAGCCUACAUGUACAACAGAUCAGCCAGAAAACUCCAGGUCAGCAAAACAGAGAAGUUUGGAUAUGGCAGCAUGGUGACUCAGGUUGCUGCCACAGCUCCAGGCAUUGUAGCCCUGCAGAGAACAGGUUUCAUCCAAGCGGUUGUACAUGGUCUGUGGUCAGUGCUGGAGUGUGGUAGCGAUGGUCAGCCCAUGAUCCGACCCAACCCGAUCUCAGUUGAGCCCAUGGACCGCAUGGCUCACAAGUUCUUUAUCCGGAUGAUCAACAUGUUUUCUGCCUUCCCUGCACUGUACGAGAUUCUAGCCAGCAAGCCGCUACCACGCAAGGAUGCCUACUCCCUCAGAGAAGCUCCUAACGACGUCUUGGGUUUUAUUGAGCGUCUCAUCAUGGUGGAUUCUGACGCUAAGAUUAACUCUCUCUUCAACUACGAGCAGUCGCACAUCUUUGGGCUCAAGCUGUUGACUGUGCUGACGACCUGUCUGGAUUCAUUGCUGUUGCUGGAGACUCAAUAUCACAUCUGGGAUAUGUUACUACAGGGUCAGGAGUGUAACCGCAAUGGCGAGUCAGUCAUCAUGAUUGACAUGCUGUCCAUUGAGCGUAAUCACAUCUUAGUCAGGACCAAUGUAAUCGGAGGUCCUACGGAGCGAAUCCUUCCACCUCACAGCUUACAAGCAGACAACAGCAGCCCCUAUCCCUGGCCACUCUUCUCUGCAUUCCCGGUGCCCAAAGAUUACACCCCAAGCCUCCCAAGAUCUUCUAGCAUCAAGCAAGAGAAUGAAUUGAGCAAGUUACUGGGUAGCAACGUCCCCGUGAAAACUGCGUCUGAGGCACAGGCGUGGUUGGCAAAGUGCCAGAAUGCCUUCGUGACGUGCCUAUCCAAGAAACCACAGACAGUGACCAACAGAUUACUGGCCGACUUGUUAGACCAAGUUUUGAGCAACCAGCUUCACAUCCCUGGGAAUGAGGUGUUCCAGUUGAAGCCUUGCAAAGUCUCUGAUAUCGCCCUUAAGGGACAGAAGCUGCCAGCUCUACAGAUGCUGGGAGUCAAGAUGGUGGUCAGAUACGGACAGCAUCUGAGGUUGCUUAGCAACAGCAAUGAGUCAAUAGACAACCUGAGUCUGUUACUGAAAACGUGUCGCUACUAUCUGAACAGUCAACAGAGAAGCAUUCACUCCAAUAUGCGCUGCUUAGAAGGCGAGUACAUUGGGCAUGAUUGGUUUGUGUCCACCAUCUUCCUUCUGUUGUCUGGCAAUCGGGAUAAGGCGUGGAGCAUGCUGCAUAAAUGCUUCUCAGUCUUGUCAUCUGGUUAUCUGAGUAUGGCUCGCCUUCAUGCCUCGGUCCAUAUACCCUACGAUGUUGCAGCUAGCAGCAUCCACCCAGUAUUCUAUCGCACCAGUCACAACGUUGAGCUGAUUCUACAAACAGAGGUUCCUCAUGUCUACUCGGCAUUCCGUAUGUCGGGUUACACACCCUCACAGAUUUGUCAGCAGUGGCUUUGCCAGUGUUUCUUGAACUACCUCGACUGGCCAGACAUCAGUCACUACAUAGCACUGUGCAUCAUCAUGGGUGCUGACUAUCAGGUCUAUAUGUGUGUGGCUGUGUUGAUGUAUCUACAGCACAAGAUCCUACUGCAUACACAGAAACAGCAACUACAGGUCUUCUUGAAGGAGAAGAGUAUCGAAGGCUUUCAUGUUGCAGAUCACCUUGACUACAUGCAGAGCCUGGCUAAGAAAUAUCGCAGCACUGUCCUGUCAGACAUGAGCAACCUAAGCCUAACUUGACCGCCAGAAAGCUUACAAUUAUGCUUAGGAAUUCAAGGUAAUAUACAAUAAUUGCUUAGGCAGUAAUUUUCAGAAAUGGAUGGAUUUAGGGUUAGCAUUUUAUCGAAUUUUGUUACACUGACCUGUUUAAAAGUUUGUGUUCAUUGAUGCUGGAAAACCAAGACAAAAUAUGCUGUU